UUAGUCACAGACGAAACUGAAAACUGAGACAGGAAUAUUUAUCUUGUGAUCUUUGCGAACGGUCGUAUCAACAUUUAGUGAAUACUCAUAUAAUCAUAUCAGUAAUUUAUUCAGAAACUCCAGUGAACUCAUCAAUGAUCAGUCGCAGGGAACCGAGGUUACGACAGUAACCGGAGAUGUUUUGAUCCUGUUUUAUGUCUGACGAUUGUGAUUACACGCGGAAGCGGAUUCUUCUUCUCGUGUGUUUUGGAAAUUCUGUACGGAAGAUGUGAAAUAGCGCCCCUAGCGCAUAACAAUGAAAACACGGAUUCUCAGAGCACAACAUCUGUGUCCUCCAGCAAUGAAGUUCAUUUGUGUGACUCUGCUGAUUAUAAGUGGAAUUACAAAUUCGAGAUCAGAGCAGUAUGAAGUAGUGGGACCUACAGAUCCUGUAUUUGCUGUAGCUGGUGAAGAUGUGAUUCUGCCCUGUUCAGUCAAACCCAACAUCAGUGUUGUGGACAUGAGAGUGGAGUGGUUUAGACUUAAUUUGGAAGGCUCACAAGUGCACCUUUAUGAUGAUAAUGUAGACAAAAACACAGAUCAGAUUCAGUCCUACAGAGGAAGAACAAAACUGAAUCAUCAAGAACUACAGAGAGGAGAUGCAUCACUCAAACUCUCAUCAGUCCAAAUAUCUGAUGAAGGACGUUAUAAAUGUUUUAUUCAGUCCAAAUCCUGGUCUGAUGACGCCACUGUUGAUGUCAAUGUUGAAGCUGUAGGACGUCCUCCAGUGAUCACUGCAGAUGGGUUUGAUCAUUCAGGAGGGCUUCAUCUACAGUGUGAAUCUGAAGGUUGGUAUCCUGAACCUGAUCUUGAGUGGCUGAACAGUGAAGGAGUCAGUUUGAGUUCAGAAACUACAGAACACAGAAAUGCAGACAGAUUCAGUGUGAAACAGACCAUUACUGUACAUCAAAGUGUCGACAAGAUUCACUGCAGAGUCAAACUGAGACAUCACAUGCUGGAGGCACUGAUUGUCACCACAAGUAAUAUGUUUAAUUCUUGGAGGACGUCAGUCAUUGUGAUUUCAGUUUUUGCUGUGCUCAGUGUGAUUGCUGGAAUCCUGCUAGCUGUGUUUGCUCAUAAAAACAGAGCUCUGCAGACACUCAUGAGAGUAAGGGAGGAGCUAUGGAGAACAGAGGUGAUAGAGGGAGGACCGGAGGGAGUGAGCUCGUUGGAGCAGCACGUGGAGGACGCUGAACUCAGUCAACUACAGAAUAAACUCAGUCGACUACAGAAUGAACUCAGUCAACUACAGAAUGAACACAGUCGAGUACAGAAUGAACACAGUCAACUACAGAAUAAACACAGUCAACUACAGAAUGAAAACAGUCAACUACAGGAUGAGAAGAGGAGAAUACAACAUGGAAAUUUAGCCCAUUUUCCCUGUCUUGGAGAGGUGGGCAUGGUGAAAGAGAAGGUCCAUGAAUAUGAUGCUGUUCUCAGCAACCUUAUCCAGGAGUUUGACAGUCGCUUUGAGGACUUCAGACACAACACUGCUGACUUUGAGUUGUUUGCUCAACCCUUCACCAUCAGUGUGGAUGCAGUCAGAGAUGAUCUUCAGAUGGAACUAAUUGAUCUUCAAUGUGAUUCAGAACUGAAUCACAAGUUCACAUCUCUUACUUUGACAGACUUCUACAAAUGUGUCCCAGCAAACAGCUCUCAUAAGAACAUACAAGGUUCUCAUGAUUCCUAUAAAAUAAAUAAUUGUCAAUGUAUUUAUUAUAUACUCAUCUGUAAAGCAGAAUUUUCAAUAAUUUUUGCAGUGAAUGUGAUUCUGGAUGCUUAUACGGCUCAUCCACGUCUCAUCGUGUCUGAUAAUGGGAAACAAGUGAGAUAUGAAAACAUACAAACGAAAGGAGUGUUUGGAGGAAAAGACAGAUUUGAUAGUUAUCUUGGUGUUGUUGGGAAGGAUGGAUUCUCCUCAGGGUGUUUCUACUUUGAGGUUCAGGUGAAGGAACAAACUGAGUGGUGUUUAGGAGUGACCAGAGAAUCUGUUAACAGGAAGGGCUGGAUCAGACUGAGACCUGAGGAUGGAUACUGGAUUGUGUGUCUGAGAGAUGGGGUGUAUCGAGCUUAUGAUUCUUCUGCUUACUCUCUUUCUCUGAGUGUGAAUCCUCAGAGGGUCGGUGUGUUUGUGGAUUAUGAGAAGAGUCUCAUCUGCUUUUGUGAUGUGGAGUCCAUGUCUCAUAUCUACUCUUACACUGAUCAGUCUUUUAAUGAGAAACUCUAUCCAUUUGUUUGUUUGGGGUAUUGGAGUAACUCCACACCACUGAUCGUCUGUGAUGAUUACUAA